UAUAGUAGUUCAUCAACUUGAAACUAUGAUCAAAGUCAAAAAGUUUUCUUUCGAGAGUAUGCUUGAAAAAAUCGAGGAAACAAUUCCAUUGGAGCAAUUUUCUUUCCAUACAAUUUCAUUUUUAUAAUUUGAGAAAUAUAUAGUACUUUAUACAACGAUAUACUAUAUAAUAUUACAUUAUGCUACAUUGGAUUUAAAACUUAUGCCCCUAAUCCAAAACUUGAAAUGCUAUUCAAAUUGAUAUUACCAACUAAAUGCUUUCAUUUUUGUUUUAGAUCUGUCCUUCAUGGAUCCUGAUCGAGCAGAUCAGCAAGUUUUACUGUCUUUCAGUCAAUGCUAUCAUGCAUUAUAUUUACUACAGCAGAAAAUAAAAAUUCUCCAUGAUCAGAUGGAACGGAUUAAAGGAACUACACAAAAUUUACAUUCAAAGUUUAUAUUUCAUCCCGCCAAUCACAAACCAUCGAUGCACAGCUCAUUUGCAUCAAAUUCGUUUCCACCGCUCUGCAUUUUCCCACCAGGCACACCUGAAUCUUUGAAUUCACCAGCUCGAUGUGCAUUUUCUUUUGAACCAAUUUGUCUUUCUGAAGAAUCUCUGUCCAAUAGAUCGCCAUCACUUAAAAUAGAAGAAAGCAGCGAUGGAUACAAUGACCAGAAUCCUCUCUUCAAAGAAAACAAGAUGAUAACAAAGAUAAUACUAAAUGCCUCUUCAGAAAACAGUAGUUCCGAGGAUGAUAGUGCUGCGGAAAAAUUGCCCAAUCCAUUUCGACAAAUGUUCGACAGGCAAGUAAUAAAAUGUUUUCUUCAUUUUUGCAACUUUUUCAUUACUCUAUUAAAAUCAUUGCUCUAUUAA